AUGAAGAUCAUUCUCUCUGGCUGCACCGGUCUUGUCGGCCGUGAAGUUCUGAAUCAAUGUAUUGCCAACUCUUCCAUCACUUCCAUUGUUGCUCUUACUCGUGAUGCUGUGAUUGCAGACAACCCCAAAGUCAAGGUCGCAUUUAUCAACGACUUUCUGGAAUAUCCAGAGGGGGUGAUCCAGGAUAUUCACGGAGCCGAAUCAUGCAUCUGGUCCCUUGGAAAUGCACGCAUGCCAGAAAACGCCCAAACAGCCCACAAAGAGAGCGUCGAAUACACACGCACAGCAGCGGCAGCUUGCAGGCAGGCAGCAGCUGGAAAAAGAUUCAGAUUUGUCUAUCUCAGUGGAGGAUUAGUUGGACGCGAUCCGACAAAGACACUGUGGCUCAGUCGGCUAUACCGGCAGAUUCGAGCCGAUGGAGAGGAUGUCCUCCGUUACGCAGAGAGUGAUACUUUCGAGUCGUAUAUCGUGCGCCCUGACAUUGUGUUCACUGGCCUGGCUGGAGAUGAGAGCAAGAAUGUGACGCCGACGGUGAGAGUGGAUGUACUGGCCAAAGCGAUGAUCAACGCUGCCAUCCACGGACAUGUAAAGAGAGUAUUUGACGAUGAAGGAAUCAAGCAGUUGUCUAAUGGUGUCUAAUGAUGUCUAAUAUAUACAUAUCAUACCUAUACAGCCACUUCAUCCUCCACGGCAGUUGUAUCCACCCCAAUGGUGAUGUAUCCCACCAUCCCCUUGGUCACAUCUUCUCCAUCAAUGGGAACCACCGAGAUGACCGGGUUGUAUCCUCCCUCUGUAUCCUGCGAAUAGACCGAAUCCGCUGCGUUGGUCGUCCGGUUGAUCUCCGUGUGCGACACAUAUGGCUCCAAUGCCAUGAUCUUCUUUUCCAAUGCCUCGUCAAAGUAGAGCUGGCCGGUACUGACCGUCUUGCCUUUGGCGAUGGUGCCAUUGCCGCGGGUGACCCAGUCGGUGUGCACCUGGACGUGGAUGUGGAUGGCUCGUUCGACAUAGAAGCCAGGGAAAGUUGUUUU